AUGGCACCAAACCAUCUUACUACCAGGUCAACCAGCAGUAAGCUCCACAGGCCACAGCAUACGCCGCCGCAUAAACAUCUCCGCCGGCCGCGCCGCGCAGGCACGCCAACUGCCAACGCCACCAUAAGUACCUUCUUCACACCAGUUAGGUCCCUUCACCCGCUCCAAGCCGCAUCGCUCCAUCCAAGCAUUGCUUCAAAGUUGUUGCGCCGAGGCAGAGCAGAUACCCGAUCGAGGCGUCCGUCCGUCCAUGGGGUCCGGGGCGAGCUCCUGCUGCGGCGGUGCGGAGAAGGUGGGGCACGGCUGCGUGAGCGCGUCGUCGGGGGCGGCGACGGCGGGCACGGGCAGCGGCGGCGGCAGCUCGUGGAGGAUCUACAGGUGGCCGUUGGUGCCGCCGAGGCGCUCGUGCACCUCCACCACGAGGCUUCUCCCAGCAUCAUCCACCGCGAUAUCAAGGCCAGCAACGUGCUGCUUGACUCCGACUUCGCGCCGCUCGUCGCUGAUUUUGGGUUCGCCAAGCUCGUCCCCGACGGCGUCUCCCACAUGACCACCAGGGUCAAGGGCACCCUCGGCUACCUCGCGCCGGAGUACGCCAUGUGGGGCAAGGUCUCAGGCGCCUGCGACGUGUACAGCUUCGGGAUACUGCUCGUGGAACUCGUCUCCGGCAGGAAGCCCAUCGAGAGGCUGCCGUCGGGUGCCAAGCGUACCAUCACCGAGUGGGCGGAGCCCCUCAUCGCUCGCGGCCGGCUCGGUGACCUCGUGGACCCGCGCCUCCGGGGCAUCUACGACGCGGCGGAGCUGGCGCGCAUGCUCGAGGCCGCCGCGCUCUGCGUGCAGGGGGAGCCCGAGCGGCGCCCGGACAUGCGCGCCGUCGUGCGGAUCCUGCGCGGCGAGACUGUGGCUCCUGACGGCGCGGCGGCGGCAGCCUCCAAGGGGGGCAACGACGCCCAGGUCCGGCCUGCGGUGAGGAUGGAGAGCGUCAAGUACGCAGACCACCUGAUGGAGACGGAGAACAGCGUGUACUCCGGCGACGGGGACGAGGACGACCAAGAAGACGAGAAGGAGGCCGCCGACUACAGCAGCGACGAGGUGGAGGAGUACUCGCUGAUGGACGACCAGAGCAGCAUGAACUUCGGGGUGUUCGGCGCCAUGCCCGUGGUGCCGGUGCAGACCAUGCACGACCCCUACGUCAGGAGGUUUGGAGGAAACGGCGUCAAGAUAUGA